AUGGGUUUGCAACGUCCGUACAAACGUGUUAUAGUUCUUGCUUUAGAUGGUGUCGGUAGAUUCUUUGUAGAGACUCCAACACCCACAUUUGAUGCUUUUUUUGCUUCGGGUGCCAGCUCGUUGACGGCAAAGGCAGUUGUGCCGACGGACAGUGCACAAAAUUGGGGUUCAGUACUACACGGUGUUCUCCCAGACAAGCAUGGAUUAAAAAAUGGUGAUGUAGAGGCGGGCGUGCCAUACGAUGAGAAUAGUAAAUAUCCAAGUAUCUACAAACUACUUGCCGACAGCUCCAAAGAUAUUAAGAUGGCAUCGUAUGCAGCGUGGCAAGCAAUUAACACUGGCAUCAUCGAACUAUCGGUCAAAGUCGACUUUUACGCACCUCUUACCCAUGAAAAUAUUUUCUGGCGAUGGUGGCUGCUUUUUAAACAUAAUUGGCUUAAAAAUUCUGUCUACGACUAUACCGUUGUCUCACGGUUGAUUGAUUAUAUUCGCAAUCCUGAAAACGAUAAUGUGAAAUUGUUGCUUGUCCAUCUGACUGAUGUGGACGAACACGGCCACGGUCACGGCUUUGGUUCACAACCAUAUCUGAAUCAAAUCAAGAUUAUGGACUCGCAGGUCGCAAAAAUUCUUGAAGCAAUUGACGAAGCUGGAUGGAGAGAUGACUCUCUUGUGAUAAUGACAACUGACCAUGGUGGCAUUGGGCGAAGCCACGGUGGAGAUAGCGACCAGGAAGUCAAUGUAUUUUUUGCUGUCCGUGGUGCAGGGAUUGAACCAGGCUCGAAGAUUGAGAGUGAAGUGACCAACAUGGACAGCGCAGCGCUAAUUCUCGAGGCAUUGGGAAAGAAAAUACCUGAAUGGUUUGAUGCUAAAUUACCCACUGAAUUUUCUUCGUAA